GUUAGGAAAUGCAUGCUCAGAGCUCUUUAUAAAAGGGGAAGGUUCAUCAAGUGAGUCAAAGAACCAGGGACAAAGCCUCCCAAGGCUUUUAAGCACUUCCAGUAUCCUGCAAACAUCAUCUUAGAAGCACUUGAGAAGUAUUGGUACCCUUGGUAUCCAGACUAGCAAUCUGACUUUGGCAUCACCAUGCAGAGCCUGCUUGGUCUCACCAUCUCCUUUGUGCUCAUAACUGCAGGUGUUGCUCUCGAGUGUGAAGUAUGCACCUCAGUUGGCACCAGCUGCACCGGCACAAUGCAGACCUGCGAAGCUGGUAAAGAUACCUGCAUCAUCAUUGUAACAGAGAGCACAAUGAAUGGAAUGCAAAUCCCAACAGUGGUUAAGACCUGUGAGUCUUCCAGCCACUGCAAGUAUGGACCACAAUAUAUGCAUUUUGGACAGGGUCAAGAAUUCAGGACAGCCUUCUCUUGCUGCGUGGGGGAUGCCUGUAGGACAGCAACUCCUCAGCUGCCUCCAGUCGUCACCAAACACAAUAGGAAGCAAUGCCCAGCCUGCUACAGUUUGUUUUCUGGCAUUUGCAAUCAGGAGGAGAUGGUGGACUGCGUUGGAGAAGAGAAUGACUGUCUUCAUGUGGCUGCAACAGUUACUUAUGGGACCUCUGUGAUCAACACUGUCCAGAAGGGCUGUGCCACCAAAGGGUUUUGUGCUGAUUUAAAUGUCGGCGAAUUCAGCACAAUGGGACUUCGCUCUCUCAUCACAAGGGCUGAAUGCAAAGCAGCCUCCACCACUGCCUGAACGGUGGCUGGGUUAGUUGCCUCCACUGCAUUGCUAGGUUUCUACUAAUGAAAUAUCCUUUUUUAAUCCCUCUGUGGUGCACUGCAUGCCUCAGGGCCCUGAAGCAUGCCUCUGUGUUCCUUAUCCACAACCUCCUCCAAAAUAGUUUCUGCCUCCCAGGGAUUUUCUUUUUUUAAUGCCCUCUGAGUGAAACAAAUAAAUGCUAAGUUGCAUGGAAAGA